GCGCAGGAGCCACUACCGGACCUUAACUCCGCUGGCUGUACCGCGGUCAGCAACACAUUCCCAAUUUCCUGUCUUGCCGCCUGUAAGGUACGAGCUCAUUGGUCUACGGGCUGCUUCAGCAGCAGCAGCCGCUACUAGGACCUUGUGAAUUUCGCAGGGUGCCAUGCAAAUCAGGACGCCGUGUGGCCAUCUAGAGCGCGCGACAUGCGCGCCCCCUAACAUCCUUUAGUGUACCCGCUCCAGGAUUGGGCUCCUGGUUACCCAACCAGUCAGCGCACACGGAGUUGCCAGCGACGUGCUGUCGAGCUGUUUCACACAGCCCUGGACCUGUCACCUCCGCUUCGAUGAUUCCGGGCUUGAACAAAGAAGAAGGCAGCUUCCAACACUCUUCCCGUUGCUCAUGGCCUUUUGGGAUAUAGUACUGAGCUCGGCGAACGCAAAGCUAUAUGGAAGGCGACUCAUUCCGAGUAUUGUCGAUGACAAUGCAAGACACCAGCCAGAGAAAAUAUGUUUCUCAUUUCCUAUCUGCUAUGCUACUUUGAGCGAGGGUUUCCAGGAUGUCAGCUGGAGAUGCUUUGCCAAUGCCAUCGACAAGAUGGCACACUUUAUCCAAAGAAGAGUGGGCGUCAGCACUGAGUUCGACACGAUCAUGUACAUGGGAUAUCCAGAUAUCAGAGCAUUCAUAGUGCUCGUUGCCGCUGUGAAGACAGGCCACAAGACCCUUUUCAGCUCUCAUCGAAACAGCCUUGUGGGUCAUACAAACCUCAUUGAGCAGACCAACUGUAAGAUCCUACUACAUACGGCUGGAUUCCCUGUAUCAGGCAUCCUCGAACGAAAUCGGCUCGCAUCCUUUCAAGUACCGGAACUAGCUGCUCUCCUGGACAACUCAUCAUGCGAACCCUUCCCGUACCGUAAGACAUACGAGCAAUCAAAGCAUGAACCAUGCUUCGUCAUACACACGUCAGGCUCUACCGGACUACCUGCCCCAGUAACGUGUUCGCACUGGUCUACCGCCACGACGGACCGACACCAUCUCGUGGAUCCCUUAGACGGGAGGCCUACUGUAUGGGCUGAUCUGUUCGACGCCAGACGUCGCAACUACGUCGCUUUGCCAAUCUCCUCGAGCUCAGGGAUCGGUUCUGGCAUCUCAGACACAUGCUAUAACAAUGUCACUGUUGUUCUUGGCCCCCCCGAGCAAGCUACCGCGGAGACCAUGGUCGAGAUGCUACAAUAUGGGGACAUCGAUGCAAUGACUUGCGUGCCCUCAACGCUGGAAGCGUUCGCAGAGAAGCCAGAUGUUCUAGUCAGACUUCGAGGACUGAGGAACAUCGCUUACAUUGGAGGGUCUCUGUCCCAACAUGCCGGGGAUAUUGUCUCCCGAUAUGUUCAAAUAGUGACCCUGAUGGCAUCGACUGAGACUGUCGGUGUGGUACAGCAUGUCACCGACCCCGAAGACUGGUCUUAUGUUUGCAUAAACCCCAUCUGGAACGGCAUAGAGAUGCGACCCGUCGCCAAUCUUUUCGAGCUCGUCUACGUUCGGAACCCGGAAUGCGCAGAUUUCCAAGCAGUAUUCGGAGCUAAUCCUCAUCUGACGGAAUAUCCCAUGCGCGAUCUGUAUUCUCAGCACCCUACGAAGCCACAUCACUGGAAGCAUGAGGGUCGUAAGGACGACAUAAUCGUGUUCAAGAAUGGCUGCAAAUUCAACCCGAUACUACACGAGCGACUAAUAGCAGCCCAUCCGAGAGUGCGUGCCUGCAUGCUUGUCGGCACUGGCAAGGAAAUGCCUGCAGCAAUUAUAGAGCUGCAUGCACAAUACUAUACGGAAGAUAAAUCGAUACAGAGAAAUUUGAUAAAGGAAAUCUGGCCCCAAGUAAUCAAAGCAAACGAUGUAGCAGAUAUCCAUGGCCAGCUCGAGGAGCGCUACAUUCUUUUUGCUACGCGAGAGAAGCCUUUUGUAAUGGGACUGAAGGGCACAGUCCAAAGAUACAACACCAAUCGUCUUUACGCGCAAGAGAUUGAUGCUCUUUACACAUUGAUAGCUGAAGGAGGCAUGAGUACACUUUUUCGGACCGAAUCCUCAAGAAAUUAAUAAUUGUUCACUAAUCACGAGACUGUAU